CAGAGAUCUUUGUGAAAUGCCGCUAGAAUUCGAAAUAAUGCCCGAAAGGGGUAUGACGAAUGAUUCUAUGGAAUUCACGCUGGGAAUGCCAUUCCAGUUUGCUGUCACCACAUUGAGAAAACAACAUACAGUUGUAAAAACAGUUCACGUCAUUUUCAACGAACAAGAUCCAUUGGAGAACGAUUUGAUAGUUGCGUUGCCGUCCGAUGGCCUCAGACUCUAUUUUGAUCCCUUUUCCCAGACACUGAAAGUGAUUGAAAUAGCCGACUUGUCGUUGAUAAACCUUAAGUACUGUGGAUCUGUCAUAAGCCACAACGGUGAAGUUCCUUCUCUAGACAAAAUUGACCACUGCUUCGGGGCAACACAUCCCGGAGUGUAUGACGCAGUUAAUCAGAUGUUCGAGCUCAAGUUUAGAGGUCUUCAAUUCCAGUUUCCUGCAGAUCCCAACUUGAUAUCUUCACAGAUGACAGGACUUGGAGCUAUACAGUUCAGUGAGCCUCCUUUGGUGUCCAAAUUGCAGAUAUACACUGGAAAUAACCUAUUGGAAUGUACCGCCCCUCCUGUUCCCCCGCAAUAUUUCUACGGCAACAUUUUUGCGGAAAAAGUGGAAGGGAUUUUGCAAGACGACUACAAACUAACAGAGCUCAAAUUCACGUUCAUCAGAGAAGAUGUGCUGAAUAGCUCUGCGGCGGCUGCACGUGGUGGCGAAAAGCGAACACGAGUAGAGCGUUGGUUGCGAAUUGGCGACACUUGUGACAGAGUUCUAAGCGACUUCGGAGCGCCGAAUAAAAUGUUCUACAAACCGGAUGAUAAAAUGAGAAUUCACACACCUUCAGGAUCGAGGCUGAAUGACGACAAAGUUUCCCACUAUUUUCUGAAUUAUUUCACGCUGGGUGUUGAUGUUUUGAUGGACGGAGAGAAACACACAGUGAAAAAAAUAAUAAUGCACACAAACUUUCCAUGUCACUACCAUUUUAAUAUAUACCACAGAUGUCAGUUUAAUAUUUCACUACCCCAUAUUGAGAGCGGAAAACAGUCCAUAAAGCCGUUUACUAAGUGGGAACAAAUCUCAGAUAUAUGCAGUCAUGAUAAACCGGUGGUUCUUACCAGGGCGUCGUGUGAUAACAACACGAACCCCUUCGGACCCACAUUUUGUUACAAUAUUGCAAAUAUGAUCAUAGAAGUAAUGCAGAAUAGCUAUAUUGCCUCUGUCACUAUUUUUGAUACUGAAUAGUUGUUGUAUUGGCAUUGUAAAUAUAUUAAAUUAUGAAAGUAGUAUUUAGCAGCUUAGGGGUAAUUUAAAUAAUCAUCUAUUGA